AAGGCGGUCAGGCGGGGCGGGGCGGCUGCGGGGGUUCUUGUCGUUCUCGGCGGGCGCCGCGGUAGCCAUGAACGGCGUGGCGAACCCGCUGCUGGACAAGGAGGAGCAUCCUCUGCAGCUGGGCGAAAGCUUCGAACGGCACCCUAAAGCCUCUUUCCACACCAUUCGCUAUGAUUUUAAACCAGCAUCUAUAGAUACGUCUUGUGAAGGAGAGCUUCAAGUUGGUAAAGGAGAUGAAGUCACAAUUACAUUACCACAUAUUCCUGGUUCCACACCUCCAAUGACUGUAUUCAAAGGAAACAAAAGGCCUUACCAGAAAGACUGCGUACUUAUUAUCAACCAUGACACUGGGGAAUAUGUGCUUGAAAAACUAAGCAGCAGCAUUCAAGUCAAAAAGACAAGAGCUGAAGGCAGCAGUAAAAUCCAAGCACGGAUAGAACAGCAAUCUGCUCGAGCUGCACAAUCUUCCACCCAGUUCAGAGCUCCAACAAAGCCUGCAGCUGGACCUAAAACUUCACCACUGAAAGACAAUCCUUCACCAGAACCUCAAUUGGAUGAUAUUAAAAGAGAGCUAAGAGCUGAAGUUGAAAUUAUUGAGCAGAUGAGUAGCAGUAGUGACAGCAGUUCAUCUGAAUCCGAGAGUUCCUCUGGGAGUGGUGAUGAAACUUCCAGCAGUGAUGGGGGUGAAACUGCACAUCCUUCUCCUUCUCUGCAGUGUAACAACAAGAAUGUAGUUGCCAAUGGUACUGGCAGGGCACAAGGCAACAAUCAACUCAUGAAUACUCUCAGAAAUGACUUGCAGUUGAGUGAAUCUGGGAGUGACAGCGAUGAUUAAAUUACAUUUGCUGCUUUGGUUUCGUAUCAAAUAAAAAUGUAGAUUUAAUGAAUAAUAAUACAAAAGUGGUAACUGAUCUACUGGAACCCACCUAUAUAAAUAUAAUUGUUAACAUUAUGUGACCUGAAAGGAACAAGAAAUGUUCUUGGAUAGAACUGUCCUCUCUUUAUUCUAAGUAUAAAUUAAACCUGUUGUAGUAUAAUCUUCUAACUUUUUUUCGGUAGGUGUGAAUAAUUUUAAUCUAAAACUGAAAUCUAUCUUCAAAGAUGUCAUAUACUCUGUAUUCUAAUAAGAUUCUUGCUUGAAAAUUUAAAGCAAAAGUUAUUUGUAAGCUAUAUGUCAACCAUUUUUUUAAAAGUAUACUGCAUUUUUCAGACUAUAAGACACACUUUUCCUCCCUCAAAAAGUGUGUGAAAAUGUCUGCGUUUUAUAGAGUUAAUAUUGUGGCGGUGAGGAGGGUUGGUGUGGCACUAAUCAUCUAUUCUAGGAGGCAUGAAAUGCUGCCGCCACGUAUCACUGUGUAUCGCCGCUGCUGCAGCUCGUUUGCUGCCAAUUGGUGGCAAACGGCCCAAGGCAAAUGGCCCAUGAUGAUGGUGGCAACUUCCCAAUUUUUUUUCUUGUCCUCCUCCUCUAAAGCUAAUGUGCAUCUUAUAGUCCAAAAAAUACAGUAAUUUGAUAUUCAAUGAGAUAUCAGAAUAAGAAUGAUAGUGCCUAGAUUUCAUAAGUUUAAGGCAG